UCUCCUGUGUGGAUUAUGGGUCCCUGGAUUACUUAAUCUGUGACGCAGCAGAAUAGCAACAGGACAGCGCGCUGUCUGUGUGUGCCUGUCUGCCUGUCUGUCUGUCUAUCGUCGCUGGCAGUCUCUCACGGGGACGGACACUGGCGAGCAUGCUGCGUUUGCCUGCGGCCGGGCGGAGGCUCCUUCCUGCGGCUGCCGUCGUCAGAGGAGGCGCGGCCGCGACUCGCACAGCUCGAUCUGCGGCCACAGCUGCAGCUGCAGCAGCAGCCCGUAACCUUGUGGAGGUGUUUGUGGAUGGGCAGCCUGUCAUGGUGGAGCCAGGGACCACUGUGCUGCAGGCGUGUGAGCAGGCAGGCAUGCAGAUUCCUCGCUUCUGCUACCACGAGCGCCUGUCAGUCGCUGGAAACUGCCGCAUGUGUCUUGUGGAGAUAGAGAAAGUUCCAAAGCCUGUGGCAGCGUGUGCUAUGCCUGUUAUGAAGGGCUGGAACAUUUUGACCAACUCUGACAAAACAAGGAAGGCAAGAGAGGGUGUGAUGGAGUUUCUGCUGGCCAACCACCCAUUAGAUUGUCCGAUUUGUGAUCAAGGGGGAGAGUGCGAUCUGCAGGACCAGUCCAUGCAGUUUGGCAGCGACAGGAGUCGCUUCACAGAGGGCAAGAGAGCUGUGGAAGACAAAAACAUUGGCCCACUGAUCAAAACCAUUAUGACUCGCUGUAUCCAGUGCACUCGCUGUGUGCGCUUUGCCAGUGAAAUUGGAGGGGUGGAAGACCUGGGCACCACUGGCAGAGGCAAUGACCUUCAGAUUGGGACCUAUGUGGAGAAGAUGUUCAUGUCAGAGUUAUCUGGGAAUAUUAUUGAUAUAUGCCCAGUGGGAGCCCUGACUUCUAAACCAUAUGCAUUCACUGCUCGCCCUUGGGAGACCAGGAAGACGGAAUCUAUUGAUGUUCUGGAUGCUGUGGGUAGUAACAUUGUGGUGAGCACUCGUGGUGGUGAGGUGAUGAGAAUCCUGCCUCGUCUCAAUGAGGAUAUCAAUGAGGAGUGGAUCUCCGACAAAACCAGGUUUGCUUAUGAUGGUCUCAAGAGGCAGAGGCUCACUCAGCCGAUGGUGAAAAAUGAGUCUGGGCAGUUUGUUGCCACAACCUGGGAAGACGUGCUUACUCGAGUUGCUGGAGCAUUGCAAGGAGUUACGGGACAUGAUGUGGGUGCUGUUGUUGGAGGGAUGGUGGACGCAGAGGCUCUCAUUUCCCUGAAAGACAUGCUGAACCGUUUGAAUAGUGACAACCUGUGCACUGAGGAAGUGUUCCCCAUGACUGGAGCUGGGACUGACCUGCGUUCAAACUAUCUUCUAAAUACUGGGAUUGCUGGCAUUGAGGAAGCCGACCUGCUGCUUCUGGUUGGCACCAACCCACGCUAUGAGGCUCCGCUUUUCAAUGCACGAAUCAGAAAAGGCUGGCUUCACAAUGAAUUGCAAGUGGCUCUUGUGGGAAAGGAAGUGGACUUAAGUUAUACCUAUGACCAUCUUGGGGACUCUGCCAAGGUUCUUCAAGAAAUUGCAUCAGGAACUCACCCGUUCUCACAGGUCUUGGCUGAAGCAAAGCAUCCUGUUGUUGUGGUUGGUAGCAGUUGCCUGCAGAGAGAGGAUGGAGCUGGGAUAAUGGCGGCUGUGUCAACGAUUGCUCAGAAUGCUCGUGUCAGCAGUGAAGUGGAGGAAACCUGGAAGGUUCUCAAUGUGCUUCAGAGGGUUGCCAGUCAAGUGGCUGCACUUGAUCUUGGGUACAUGCCAGGAGUAGACACUAUCAGGAAGAAUCCACCCAAAGUACUGUUCCUACUAGGAGCUGAUGCGGGCUGCAUUACUCGCCAAGACCUCCCUCAGGAUAGUUUCAUAAUUUACCAAGGUCACCAUGGCGAUGCUGGUGCACCAAUGGCUGAUGUCAUACUCCCCGGAGCAGCAUAUACUGAGAAAUGUAGCACCUAUGUGAACACAGAGGGCCGUGCCCAGCAGACCAAGGUGGCAGUGACUGCCCCAGGCAUGGCCAGGGAGGACUGGAAGAUCAUCAGAGCCAUUUCUGAGCUUGCUGGAGUAUCUCUGCCCUAUGAUACUCUUGAUGAGGUGCGUGGGAGACUGGCAGAAGUUUCCCCAAAUUUGGUGCGAUAUGAUGACGUUGAGGCAGCCAACUACUUCAAGCAGGCUAAUGAAUUGUCAAUGGCACUGAACCAGGAUGUCCUAACUGAACCUUUAGUCCCUCCACAGCUUACGGUGAAGGACUUUUAUAUGACAGAUCCAAUAAGCAGAGCCUCCCAGACGAUGGCCAAGUGUGUGAAAGCUGUCACAGAGGGAGCGCAAGCUGUUGACGAGCCAGCCAUAUGCUAAUUCGCACAAUGGAUAGUGGAUCCAAUUCUUGGAUGAAAAAAAUUCUGCGCACAACUCCUCUAUUUGCACAUUCCUAGAAUCAUAUUUAUUUGCACUUGUGUUUUACUAUAGAUGUUUUUACUAUAGCAGAUGCCUCAAUUUAUCCUGCACCUUAUGAAACUGACUCAACUCAACCUGCAGAAUCACGUCUAUGCUAUGUGUAAAUCUAAGCUUAUAGGUUUGACAAAUCUUCAGACAUGCAGUUUAUGUUUGCACUUGUUAGGACCUUCACAUUUUGGUAGUUGAGACCAAAGGUUUAAAAAUCUUUAUCCUCCAAAGGGAGAUACAUUGUCUCCUCGUCCUGUGAAAUGACCAAUAUUUAAAAGUGUUGAAAUUAUAUAUUUUUUUCCUAAAAGUAUAUUGAGCAAGUGUAGCUAUUUGUAAAUGUGGUUAUUUAAUAAACAAGUUUUCUGUG